ACCAAGCUUCCUUUUCCUCAAACAUGAGCGCCAUCCAUUGCUUCUUCUGCGGAGGGAAGGACUGUAAAUGGGAAAACUGGAAAUUAUGGGCUGAAAAAACGAAAAACAACGCCAUUGAUGGAUUAUAUUCAAAUUGGAUAACAGAAAAUAUCCUAGCCAUGCAGCGCCCUUCCACUCGUCUCAUAUCUGAAUACAAUCUCACCAGCAAGUUCCGACAACUGGGCAUUGGGUCCAUCUUCAAUUUGGAAGAGUUUGGCGAGCAUGCGAGUUGUGGUGAUGGUAUUGAGCUUACGAGUGGGUUCAGUUACCUUCCCGAAGUAUGGAUGGAUGCUGGAGCGUUUUACUAUAACUUUGGAUGGCAAGACAUGAACGUGCCUGACUUUAGCCACAUGCUCAGUAUCGCUCAAGUCAUGGCCUACGCGCUCGAGGAAGGACAAAAAAUUGCGGUGCAUUGUCAUGCUGGCCUAGGAAGAACGGGACUGGCAAUUGCCUGUUACCUUGUUUAUGGACUGAACAUGGACGGGAAUAAGGCCAUCGAACUCGUCCGGAAACAAAGACCUCUUUCAGUCCAAACCCGUAAACAGGCUCUCUUUGUCCUGCAAUUUGAAGAAUACAUCAAACCAUUCAAAGUCUAUUUUCCGGGGAUAUGCUCCAAAUCUCCCACCGAGUACUCGAGCGUCAGUUUAAUAACCUUUGAAACGUUUUUGGAGAAUCAGCGUCGGUAUUUUCAUGGCAAGGAGCAGAGGCAGUUGAGAUUUGUUCCAAAGGUGAUAUGGGCGAUCGUGGAAAAGUUGACCGAGAUGUGCGAGAAGGAGGAUAUGGCGACGAAGGUGGUGGAUGCGUUUAGGUAUUUUGAGGGAUUGGCAGUGGUGCCGGAAAAGAUGAUUGAUCUCCAGGCAGAAAUCAAUUCUGGAAACUGGUCAAUAGUCAAGUCGUUCACUGAUGCGAUUCCUCUCGUUCACACGCUCCUAUAUUGGAUUACAUCUCUGAAGGAUCCUCUCGUACUAUCCACCCACUUGGCAUCCCUUCAAACCAGUGACCACCUUACGCUCCUGCAUCAAAUGGACAAAGGAACUCUCUACACACUAAACACCCUUCUCAACCCAUUUCGAAACAUCAACACCUCGUCCUCCACUCUCCGCGAAGUAUUUACAUCGCUCGCCGUCAUCACAACCCAUCACAGAACAUCUCUCAAAUACCCUUUCAAACCGCAGUUAAUCUACGCCAAAGACAUUUUACCCCCGCUUCAUGGGCAGAAAAACUCAAAAGCCCGAAGUAGACAAGCAUCUGAACGGCCUGUUGAGAUUGUACCCACGCAGAAUGAGGAUCCGGGUGUCUUGAUGGUUGAUAAAAGCGAGCUGGAGCCUUUAAUCGCAUUUCUAAAAUAUUUGUAUGAAAAUUGUCGGGCGGGUGCCGAUGGGCGUCCUUUGUCGGAGGACGUGGAUGCGGGUGGUGAUGAAGGCGAGGAAGAUCAGAUGAGUGGUAUUGGGCCGGCGGCAUUGGUUCAAGAGUCAGCGGCGGCGGGGAGGGACGUGCGGACUUUACAGUUGACACCCAUGACAAGCACACCCUCUCUUACCGCCCUCCCCUCCUCCCCACUCACAUCUCAACCCCCGCAGACACCCCACCCAUCAACUUAUUGGGCUAGCAUCCUCAUCCUCCUGGACACGCUGGCAGAAGCAAAAGCUUUCAGCGAACCCACCAGUCACAGUUUGCGUAAACUGUGUUUGCAAAAGUACCAGGGGAUUGAGAUUGCUUAUGAAGCGUACGGUCGUGAGGAGGUUGGGGAGGCGGAAGGGUUCAAGAGGUUUAUAAGGGCUCUGACGGAUUUGGUCGAAUGUUAGUUUCUGGGUGAAUUGUAGCUUUGUUAUAAAGGUAGAUGAUGGGCAAUGCAUAUCACAUAUAGAAUAGAUGCAAACGCA